AUGCUUUUGAAAAAGGAGGCCGGCUACGCAUUCGAGCUAUCGCAACUCGACUACGCACCCACUCCCGAGGACGCCGAACAGGAGCGCCUCUUCGAGUCGGCCUAUCGCCACAACUAUGCCCUCUGUUUCGAGCACCAACGGCACGUUAACUACGUGAGCGCGGCCCAGCCCGACGGAGAGGAGGGUCCGAUGGUCGUCUCCAUUGAAUGCACGCCGCCGGCUGAAGCCACAGAUGACGAUGAACUACUACAAGUCCUCAUCCACUCCAAGAAGGGCUGGGAGCGGGACACGGUGUCGCGGGCCAGCGCCGAGGAGUGCGGCGGCGAACUGGAGGCCCUACGGCAGAAGCGACCCCACCUCGAGUCCGUGAGCUUCACACCACGCAUCGACGACGGCCUGAAGGAGCGGUUGGUUCGCUACGAGCAGCUCAUGAUCUCGCUGUGCCACAAGUUUGGCGUAUUGUACAGUACGGGCGGCCAAACCGAGGAACUGCAGAUUUACAACAACGAGCACGCCAGCCCAGCAUUUGAGGACUUCUUGGAAUUCCUCGGCAGCAAAGUGGAGCUGCAGGGGUUCACCGGCUACAGCGGCGGUCUCGACACCAAGAUCAACACGACGGGCACCCACUCCAUCUACACGCGGUUCGGUGAGGCGGAGGAACGUGAGAUCAUGUUCCACCCGCUCACCUAUCUGCCCUACUCCGCCGCCGACCCGCAACAGAUCGAGCGUAAGCGGCACAUCGGCAAUGACGUCGUGGUGGUGGUCUUCUGCGAGGCCAACAACGGAGCCCCGUUCUCGUCCUCCUCCAUCCAGUCGCAGCUCAACCACGUGUUCGUGAUCGUCUCGCCCGAGAACGUCGAUGGAGAGACCUGCUACAGAGUCGCCAUUUCGCGAAAGGAGGGGAUUCCUCCGUUCGGUCCGGCCUUGCCGCAAUCGGCCGUCAUCAAGCAGAACGAAGAGGGCAGGCAAUGGCUGCUCACCAAGCUGAUCAAUGCGGAGCGGGCCGCGUUCCGUUCGCCCAACUUCCAGCACAAGUUCGAGAACGUGCGCAAGUUCCAGUUGCAGUACAUCCUCCAGGGGGCCAAGCUGCCCGACGAAUGGGAGCACACCCUGCUCCUCCUCCAGCAACUCACCAAGUGUACGCAAAGCCUCGCUGCGCAGUGUGCCGUGCGUGCCGUGCCCGUCACACGCCAACAGCUGGAGCAUAUGCAAGGCCAACUCGAGACGGCCCUCAACGGCCGCAGCGAUGAUGGCGACGACACAACGGCGAGGCGACAGCGGCUGACGGCAGCCGAAUUCCAGCAGAUCUUCACGCACCUGUGCCCGAGCUGGAAGGGCCGCGAGAACGAGCCGGCCGUGCGGCGACUCUUCGACGACGCCAAGCUCAACGGCGCCCGCGACCGAGGGCUCCACUUUGUCGACUUUGCGCGCCUGCUCGACGCACUGGCGUUCGGCAGCGUCGACCGCCGGCUGGGCCUCCUCCGUCGCGCCCUGCUCGCAGCCGCCGCGCAUGGCGAACCCGGCGAACGGGAGGGCGGCGGCCUGCUCGAGGCCAUCGUGCCUGUCGACCUCCUCAACGACGCCCCUCGCCUCUCCUUCUCCGAGUUCAAGGCGAGAGCUGAGUCUGACGCUGCGUUGGUGGACCUGUUCACCGUGGAGGUGCCGGACGAAGGCAGAGGCCAGCUGUCCAUCGUACCCAACGGCUUCCAGGGCCGCCGCCCCUCCUGGUGGACCGAGGUCGUACGCGCUGCCGCCGCAGCCGCCACCGGUGAGCACCACGUGUCGGGCGAGGACGCGCAGCCCGGCGACUGGUGCGUGCUCUUCUGA